CCUGGCAACCCCAGCUUCGCUGCGCCUGUUGAUGACGAAAGAACGACGCGACAAAGCAAGAGUAAACUUAAAACCCAUUUUACUACGUCCGAUUGCAUUGGAUUCGGGUUUUUAAACAUUUUAACAUAAGUCUAAGUGAGUAAGGACCGUGACUGCAGUUCGACAUGGAGGUGUCGAUGCCCCAGAAGCGUUACUACAGACAGCGAGCGCAUUCGAACCCGAUGGCUCACCACUCGUUUGAAAAUCCUGUGUGUCCAGAGGAAAUGGACUGGUCUCAGCUGUAUCCUGACUUCUUCACUGAAGGUGUGUCUGAUAAAGAGAUGUCACGAGUGGAGUUUGCAGACAUCGGCUGCGGAUACGGUGGUCUUCUGGUGGAGUUAUCUCCACUGUUCCCAGACAAACUCAUGCUGGGCAUGGAGAUCAGAGUCAAAGUGUCAGACUACGUCCAGGAUCGAAUCAAGUCGUUACGUGCAUCACAACCUGGCAGCUAUCAGAACAUCGCCUGCAUUCGUAGUAACGCAAUGAAGUUUCUUCCCAACUUUUUCUUCAAAGGACAGCUCAGUAAGAUGUUCUUCCUCUUCCCUGACCCACACUUUAAGAAGACCAAGCACAAAUGGAGGAUCAUCAGUCCAACGUUGUUAGCAGAGUAUGCCUACACGCUUCGAAUCGGGGGCUUGGUGUACACGAUCACAGAUGUGGAGGAAGUUCACGUCUGGAUGGUGAAGCACUUCACAGAACAUCCACUGUUCACGCGAGUCCCCGAUGAGGAGCUGGUGGACGACAUCAUCCCCGGCCGUUUGGGUUCGUGUACAGAAGAAGGAAAGAAAGUGCAGCGAAACGGAGGACAGAACUUUCUCGCCAUUUUCAGAAGGAUUGAUGAUCCAAACCAGGACUGAAGGCCUGGAGGAGAGAGAGAGAGAACUUGAAAAUCCUUGUCUCCCUGAAUCUGGACCUUCAUAAACAAUGUCAUCUGUAGAAGUGGAGACAGUUUUUUUUUUAUGAAGAUAAACAUGAAUUUUUUAAUGAUUUUUUUUUUUUUUUUUUUUUGCAAUAAAGAACUGCAAAUCUGAGGAUGUUCCACGUGUUGUUUUGCAGGUGAAGGUCUUUGCCUUUCUUACUGAACAAAAUAGUAACUGUUCAACAUUCUGCCUUCGUCAUCGUCUUAUUCUCAUGAUUUACCGAUAAUUUGCAGUAGAAAACAGACUGCUGCAGGCCACGGUGAUUAGGAACAGGACGCCACGUGUCCUGAUGACAGACAGUGGAAGAGUCGCUGUGAUAGCACAGAGUAACCAUCCACCUCACAUAAUUCUUUUUUGAGUUUUAUCCGAAUAGGUCAGCUGUAAAGAGAAGAGACGGAGGGCGAAGGGCAUCGUCUGUUAUUCUUUGGUUUAUUCAUUUUUGGAAAUGUUUGUGUCUUUAAACUUUAAAGCUCAGAUUG